AAAAAUGGUGGUAUGGGUAAGAGCGAAUGGCAUUGCAUCCCACCGAAGACGCGGACCCGGGCUUCUCUCUCUCUAAACCGUACACAUCCAAGAUUGUACCGCGGCUUCCUUAGAGUGAAUCAGUCAACGUUGAGAGUUUCCCAUCGGCUGACGGGAGAGGAAGAGGUUUGAAAACGAAACAGCGAGCUUCAAAACAGGAAACAUGGACAGGAAACUGCUGCAACAAAAGCAAGAGCUGCAGGCAAAGUUGCAACAAUGCCAGGUGGAAGAAAGGCGCCUGUGCAACCUGUCCCUGGAUCACCAACGCAAAAUUGAGGAGCUGGAGCGGAGCAUAUCAAAUGUUGAUCAGCAGCUGAGAGACAAAGAGGUUCAAGCCGCAAGACAAGAUGAGUGGCUGUCGUCUGUGAGAGGUGUGGUGCACAGGAUCAUGGCCGAGGGCACCCAUAACGAUGAGUUACGCUCGACGCUGCUCAACGUGCUCAACCAAACUGAUUAAUUAAUUAAUUGUUUCACGAUGGGAAUUCAACAAAAGGGGGACACGAGUGGUAUCAGUAUUUAUUGAUCCAACCUGUGAACAAUAUCACACAAUGAGGCAACCAUACCUGCUCCAAGUCGCGCCGACCAAUGUAGAAAACACCCAAACAUAUUAACACUGUCAAAUGUAACACCUUAUAGUGAACUAAUAUAUUACAAUAUGCCAAAACAUACAACACUGCCAUUUUAAUUCAUUCACAACACUUCAAAUUAUGACAUCCUAAAUACAUCAUUAGCAACUGUCAAAAACAUAACCAUGAAUGCAUAAUAAAGAAUAAUUAUCACUCACAA